AUGAGCCGCAAGAGAGACAAACCCUACUACCCUUACCGCCACAUACCGGCUGGGCGAAUUUCAAAACGCCGGCGACAGUGGGUGCCUCCGUCAUCGGAAAACGAUGAGAUCAUCGAGAAGCCGACCACCAAACCUCCUCCACCACCUUCGCUGGUCGUUAUCGGACUUCCCGCCAACUGUUCAGUCCUGGAGCUAAAAUCCCGAUUCGAGAUCUACGGCUCAAUCUCACGAAUCCGAAUCGACAAGGACGGAUUUGGCUGCGUUUCAUACCGCACAGCCGAGUCAGGAGAAGCCGCUAUUGCCGCCAGUCACGAGCCUUCUUUCGGUAUCUCCAUCGAUUCCAAAAAGUUGCAGGUGGUUUGGGCUACGGAUCCAUUGGUGGAUAAAACGCCGACGUCUUCUUCCUCGAAACUUGUCCGGCCUGAGAUUUCAUUAAGAAGACAUGGGAGAAGCAACAGGCUAGCAUCGGCCAUUGUUGACCCGAGAAGCAGUAGAUCUCCGGCGACGGCAAGGGUAUCUAAACACAGGGAUAUUGUAGCCUACGACGACAUCCUUUAA